UCACUAGGGAAGCCCGCAACUUUUCAGAUUAUAAGAUGCAUGUUUCCAGACAAUAACGUCACCCAAAUUUCUUGGGACCUUCUUUGCCUGGUACAACCCUCGGGGUGCCUCUGGGGGCGGACGUAGCUCGCCCAUGCGCAGACUGCACCACAGCGUGGUGCUGUGGCACCGCGAGACUUCCGCAGUUCCCCCACAGGCCCCACCCCCAUUUCCGGCUUUUCGCUCCGCCCACUCGGCGUCUCGGGAUCCUCUCCCUGGCCCGGCUCCAGAAGCCUCGCUCUGGGUCCGCGCCACACUCUCCUCUGCGGGCGGCUGGCUUCCCGGCGGGUUUUGUUUGCGACGCUGUCGUGCCACAGCGCGCUUUACGGCCGCGGGGACGGAGCGAGCCGGUGCCAGGGCCCCUCCGGCCCGGAAACAGGACUGGCGAGCGAGGUUGAUGCCCGGCGGCGGGGCGAGCGCGGCGUGUGGCCGUUUUCUUACCGCCGCGGAGCAAAGGAGGGCCCGGGAAGCGGCGGGGUCGGUGUCUAGGAGCGGGCCAGGAGGCUCCGGCUCCGGCGGCGGCAGAGGCGGAGCGGGUGGCCCCGGGCCGGGUUGUGGAGGCCCGGGGGGCCCCGCGUGCAGGAUGAGCCUGACCCCGAAGGAGCUUUCGAGCCUGCUGAGCAUCAUCUCGGAGGAGGCGGGCGGCGGCAGCACCUUCGAGGGCCUGUCCACCGCCUUCCACCACUACUUCAGCAAGGCCGACCACUUCCGCCUGGGCUCUGUGCUCGUCAUGCUGCUGCAGCAGCCGGACCUUCUGCCCAGCGCGGCGCAGCGCCUCACGGCGCUCUACCUGCUCUGGGAGAUGUACCGCACCGAGCCGCUCGCCGCCAACCCCUUCGCCGCCAGCUUCGCGCACCUGCUUAACCCCGCGCCGCCCGCCCGCGGCGGCCAGGAGCCCGACCGGCCGCCGCUCUCAGGAUUUUUGCCUCCUAUAACUCCGCCAGAGAAGUUUUUCCUUUCCCAGCUGAUGCUGGCCCCUCCACGGGAACUCUUCAAAAAGACACCGCGACAGAUUGCCUUGAUGGACGUCGGAAACAUGGGCCAGUCUGUGGACAUUAGCGGGCUUCAGCUAGCCCUGGCCGAACGCCAGUCUGAAUUGCCAACUCAAAGUAAGGCCAGCUUCCCUAGCAUUCUCAGCGACCCAGACCCGGAUUCUUCUAAUUCUGGAUUUGACAGCUCCGUUGCCUCUCAGAUCACGGAAGCUUUAGUCAGUGGACCAAAGCCACCUAUUGAAAGCCAUUUUCGGCCGGAGUUUAUCCGUCCACCACCUCCGCUCCACGUGUGUGAGGAUGAGCUGGCUUGGCUCAAUCCAACCGAGCCCGACCACGCGGUUCAGUGGGACAAGUCGAUGUGUGUGAAGAACAGCACUGGCGUAGAGAUCAAGCGAAUAAUGGCCAAAGCCUUCAAAAGCCCCUUAUCUUCUCCUCAGCAGACACAGCUCCUUGGAGAGUUGGAAAAGGACCCCAAACUUGUUUAUCAUAUUGGCCUCACUCCAGCCAAGCUUCCUGACCUAGUGGAAAACAACCCUCUAGUCGCUAUAGAAAUGUUGCUGAAGUUAAUGCAGUCAAGCCAGAUCACUGAGUAUUUUUCGGUUCUGGUCAAUAUGGACAUGUCAUUACAUUCAAUGGAAGUUGUAAACCGACUAACUACAGCUGUUGAUCUACCUCCUGAAUUUAUUCACCUUUAUAUAUCAAAUUGCAUUUCUACCUGUGAACAAAUUAAAGAUAAAUAUAUGCAGAAUCGUCUGGUGCGUCUCGUGUGUGUCUUUCUCCAGUCCUUGAUCCGUAACAAAAUCAUCAACGUGCAGGACUUGUUUAUAGAAGUGCAGGCCUUCUGUAUUGAGUUCAGCAGGAUACGAGAAGCUGCAGGCCUCUUCCGGUUGUUGAAGACCUUGGACACUGGGGAGACACCUUCUGAGACCAAGAUGUCCAAGUGAUAGCUCGUCGGGACCACCUGUUCAUCGUUCAGCUAUGCUGUGCUUUUCAUUUUUAAAAGUGUUCAGACCCUGAGUGAUUGCUUGGCUUUAAUGCGUAUAAACACCAGUUUAUCCACUUAAAGCAAA